AGUUUCCGGAUUUCCUUUGUUACAGCCGGAAUCUGGCCUUUGGGAAGACCUAAAGGAUUUUUCACUAGGUAGUGACCCGAUCCUUACGUUCUUUACAGAGGAGAUUAAUCAUUACUUCCUUCCAACUGAUCCGUGGAAAAUAGCUGAAGAGCUUUUGAUUCACCGAGAUGCAGCCACGUAACGAAGAGGAAACUAAAUAUUUCUUCAUAGUGAGCCAAUACAGUCGAGGUAAACUGGUUCUUGAUAUUCAACAUGGCAAGAAAAGGGGUAUUCUUGAGAUCGUGAAACCAGAACGCGGACGAUCAAGUCAGCUGUGGAGAUGGGAUGAGAGUUGUCGGCUGGUCAGCAAAGUGGACCUUGUCGCAGACAUCAAAGGCGCGAGUAAGGAGGAAGGGGCUGUUUGUCAUGCCUGGAAAGCUCACGACGGCCUCAGCCAAAAGUGGAGAGUCGAAAAAGGAGCCAUUGUAAGCAAUUCGAGUCAUCAUGUUAUCGAUGGCACACCUCCCACUGCUCAGGUAUUCAUGAAAAGGUUCGAUGAAAGUAAUGAACACCAAAAAUGGUAUAUUGUUCCGGAACUGGCAUGGGACGAUUUCAAAAUUUCACUAAGAGAGCCGAACCCUCUUAAAAAGGCACUGUUUUGGAAGAGCAUGACUGACAAUUAUCUUGAUGUCAUCAUAGGCUACGGUAUUGAAGAAUUCGAAGCCAGAGUUCUUAAAGCUUUCGAAGUUAUAGAUGAAUGUGCCAGCAGCCUUGAAGAGGUAACAAGAGGUACUGGUAUUGCAGGAACGGUCGGGGGAAGUGUGUCUGUUGUUGGAGGUGGAAUUGCGAUCGCUGGUAUUGCGUUAGCUGCCGUCACAGCUGGAGUCAGUUUAGCUCUCACGGUAGGAGGAACUAUUACUGCGCUAACGGGGUCAGCUACAGCAUUAACAGCAAACCUGGUCCACGGCGGACUGGAUAAGCGCAAUAGAAGGAAAGUCAAUGAAGCCACAGCAUCUCUCUUCUGUGCCACCUACAGGUUCCACUCGCUGUUGAGCGAGUAUAGUAAAUACCUUCAGGAAGCGGAUAAAUAUUUAGAGACGGAGAAGCACAAAACGUGUACAGAUUCCAUCGACGGAAAAGUUGUGGCAGUAAAAGGUAUCACGGUUGUUGACAUGGCCAGCGCGACUGGAAAGGUUGCCAAGAAAAUCUACGAUCAUGCCAAGGAAAUAAAAAGGCUUGUUGCGCUUAUUAAGGCCAAUGCUUUUGUGUGCAGAGGAGCAGAUGUCGGUAUUUCCACAAGUACUGCAGCACCAGGUCUUACCAUCCCAGUCGUGGGCAAAACCCUUCUAACCGCUGGAUCAACUGGUGCGAAGGCUCUGUCCGGAUCGUUUGCUGCUUUUGGAGUGCUGACUGGAAUCCUGGAUAUAUAUGUGGGCGCAAAGAAAAUCGCGAACCGCAGCGAAUUAGCAGAGGAAUUUCGCGCAUCUUCUGAUUGUUUGAGAAAAGAGGCCGAGAGACUUACUAACCUAUACAAGGGCCUCCAAAAAGAUGAGGAAUGCAAGCAGUGAUUUGACUGAAAGUAAACCCCCAGUAUUGUGAUCGACAUGGUUUUAUUUUUAAAUAGUGUGACUAGAUCUCAUUAGUGCCAUGUAGAACUUAAACUGAAACACUGGCGAUGUGAUAAAAUGAAAUUAAGGUACGCCAUAUUGUUAUGUGACUAUAACAUUAUAGUAUUACAUACCCCUUAUUUGAUGGUUUGACAUAACGUGCACGCCUAUAUUUUGCAAGUUUCGUAUUUUGUGAGCCUAGCAAAUGAUGUUUGUUGUUUUGAUCUUAAAUCAUCGUGUAGCUAUAACAGUAACUGGAGCUUCCCAAGUGUGUUCAAGAAAUUGACCCAUUUUUUCCUUUUCUUGAGCAUAGAUGUGAGAAAUAACUUUCACUUCUUAUCAGCUUUUUAUAUCAUUUAUCACACAUGGAAAGUGAUUUGAUUUUGACGAGAACGGGUCAACACCACGAUCGAUUAUAGUAUCAUUCAGUUAUUAAUAACAAAAAGAUUGUUUUGUACUUAUUUCAAUCGUUAAUUGGCGCAUCUGCAUCAAUGUGUUUUUGUGAUAGGCAGUUCAAGCAUACUUUCUUCACUGAAAGUUUGUGCUACAUCCCGUUUUUUGGAAAACUAAUGAUGACUAAUAAAAUUUUGUCUGUCAUUAUAGACCUGAUGAAUUCUUUUGAGGUAGAUUACGCCACAGAAAUACAGCAGAUCGAACUUCAAUAUAUAAUGAAGCAUACACAAAAUGCAGGUUCUCGUCAUUUAAGCUAUCUGACAGCUUUAAUUGCGGAUAUCGUUGUUUCUUUCUAGGGUAAUUAACCACAAUAAUGUUAGUGAUUAGCUUAGUAUCAUUGUCUUUAUUGUGGAGGUGCGGUAGCCUCAUGGUUGGUGCGCUCGACUCUGGAUCGAGUGGCCCGGGUUCGAGCUCCGACCGGGACAUUGUGUUGUGUUCAUAGGCAAGACACUUUACUCUCACAGUGCCUCUCUUCACCCAGGUGUUUAAAUGG